UCUAUUUCUACCCAACACGACCCUUAAAUUCCGCGCUUCUUUUCGGCGAAAAAUCCAACGACCAAGAAAGAAUCGAAGCCUUCAAACAAAAUUAAGAAUUUUCGGUUUCCUUUGAGAGGGUGAUCGGCUGUGUCUCUCUCUGUCUCUCUCUCAAUCAAGGUGAAGAAAAAUCUUCGAUUUGUUAUCGGUAUUUGGCUUCCAAGAGUUACUGAUUUUCCAAAGGGAUUCUGCUCGCUUUCUUUCUUGUUAGAGGAGAGAGGGUACUGGCUCGUGGAGAACUCAUUUUCUGCGAGCUUGGCGUCCUCUCUCACACUACAUUAUCGUAAUACUCUUGUUUCAAAGAAGUUUUUUCUUUGAUGGGAGUUUUGUGAAUGAGAUUGGAGAGUUAUCUUGGAGGUUAUGAGGUGAAUAAGAAAUUGAAACUGCAUCAUGGGUGCUGUAUGUUGCUGCUUGCGUGUCGAUGAUUUUGAAGAAUAUGUAAAUCCGAACAGUUCAAUUUAUAGAAAUUGUAUCUGCGUCAGAUGCUUUGUUCAGAACAUCUUAAAUGCGUACACAGCAUUAUUCCGAAGAGGGGAAGUGCAUGCGCUGCCUUCAUCAAUUCAAGAAGCUGCAUCUCUGACAUCUCCAGCAUCCCUUGACAGUUCUCUAUCUGAUAUAUACCGUUCUCCUCCAAGGCCCUUGCCUUAUGAUGCGGAUCCAAGAUGCUUCCGUUCACAGCGAGAUGGAUUGGUCUCCAGACAUGAGAAGGGAUCGAGUCAUUUGCACGAGGAAUCUGAACAACUUAGAAGAAGUGAUGUUCAUGCAGGUCUAGAAACACCAGCAAUUGCAGACAAAUGGAAUGUCUCUGGUUAUGAAAGGGUAUCAAAGGAAUGUAGUUCAGAGUCCUCAGUGAAGCACCCAUUGGUAAAAUUGACAAGUGGAACUGGAUAUGUUUAUUCGUCAUCAGAAGAGGAGGAUGUCUGCCCAACGUGUCUUGAGGAAUACACUCCAGAAAACCCCAAGAUAAUUACCCACUGCUCUCACCAUUUUCACCUUGGUUGUAUAUAUGAGUGGAUGGAGAGAAGCGAAAAUUGUCCAGUCUGUGGCAAGGUAAUGGAAUUUGAUGAAACGACUUGAUCUUACCCUAAAGUUCGUAUUGUGAACAAUGACCGAAGGCAAACUGAAAUAAGGGGAAAAUACAAAAGAAACUGUAAAUUCUCUGUGAAUAGCCCUGGUAAAAAAAUGGGUUGUAUUUGCAUAAUGCUAAUACAAGUACAUGCUUUUCCACAACUCUCUCACACACACGGGUUGCCAGCUGAAAUGUUGACUGAAUUGAUGGUCGUGGUAGAUGAACAAAAGUCAAAACCAAACAUUUGAAGCUAGUUCUCUAAGGGUCUGUGUGAUUUGUGAUGGGAAUCGGAAUUGUCUAUUCCCCUGCUUGUUUGAGGAUUGGUAAGUAAAAGAGAUAAGGUUUGGGCUUUCGGGGUUUUUUAAGUUACUAGUCUUUUCUAUUUUUGGCUGGCUGGAAUGAGAUUUCCAUUCAUAGGGUGGAAGCCAGAAUGACCAUCCCUUCAAAUGGGGGGAUGCCAUUCCACUAGGAAUGGGAAUUGGAAUCCCAUUCCGGUUCUAUACCUUUAUUCCUAGGAACCAAAUGGAUCUUAAGGCUCUGUUCGCUUUUUGAGAAAUAACUGACUUGGGUAAGUUCAUUUGCCCAUGCUUUUUAA